GUUUACGUUUCUUCUCCUUAUGAAUACUAUAAAACUUCCAAGCUAUUCCCUUAAUUAAUAAUGUUAACUUAAGACCCCCUCCCCCCCAAAACAGAGACAAAGCUCAAUUCAUAGAUACUGUAACUCUGAAAAUGAUAAGAAACAAAUCUACAGAGUCCUUUCAUCUCCUUCUUCUUCUUCUUGUCUUGGCAAGCUCUAUCAUCAUCAAUGGUGACAAGGAGAAGAGUUUUUACAUAGUCUAUAUGGGAGAUCGUCCUAACGCGAGAGAACAAGGAGUUCAGUCACAUAUAAAUAUCCUCUCAACCGUGAAAGGAAGUUCUAGUGCAGCUGAGGACUCCAUUGUUCAUAGCUACACCAGUAGCUUCAGUGCUUUUGCAGCAAAGCUAACCGCUGAUGAAGCCCAACAGUUGUCGAGUAUGGAUCGAGUGAUUUCUGUAUUUCCUAAUCGAUAUCACAAGCUUAGCACUACAAAAUCAUGGGAUUUUAUUGGAUUUCCUCUCACUGUAAAAAGAAAAUUGAAGAUAGAGAGUGACAUAAUUGUGGGUUUAUUGGAUACUGGGAUAACUCCAGAUUCUGAGAGCUUCAACGAUAAAGGAUUCGGACCUCCGCCGGAAAAAUGGAAGGGAACUUGUCGCCGCUAUGUUAAGUUCUCUGGAUGCAACAAUAAGAUCAUAGGAGCAAGAUACUUCAAGCUUGAUGGCACCCGUGACCCAUAUGACAUCUUAUCUCCAAUCGAUGUGGAUGGCCAUGGCACUCAUACAUCAUCCACACUUGCAGGAAAUCUAGUAAAAGAUGCCAGCCUUUAUGGCCUUGCAAAGGGUAUUGCACGCGGAGCAGUGCCCUCUGCAAGAAUUGCGGUUUACAAGGUCUGUUGGGAAAGCAGUGGAUGUGCAGAUAUGGACCUUCUGGCCGCAUUCGAUACGGCGAUAGCCGACGGUGUCGAUAUCAUCUCCAUCUCCAUUGGUAGUGGAAUUGUUGGGUACUUAAAUGAUUCCAUAGCCAUUGGAACUUUCCAUGCCAUGAAGAAGGGCAUCCUCACCAGUGCCUCCGCCGGCAACGGCGGCCCAACUCCGGGUACUGUAGAAAAUCAUGCACCAUGGAUUCUUACGGUCGGUGCAAGCGGCACGAAUCGGCAGUUUAGGAGUAAAGUCAUGUUGGGUAAUGGGAAGACAUUCUCUGGAAUUGGUGUGAACAACUUUUCUCCAGAACGAAAACUUUAUCCCCUCGUCGUUGGGGCUAAUGCCAGCAACGAUUCCAGUGACACUGCCAGCAGUGCGAGGUAUUGUAUAGAAGGCUCCCUGGAUUCUUCAAAGGUGAAGGGGAAGCUAGUCUACUGCGAGAUGUUGAUGUGGGGCGUUGAUUCCGCCGUCAAACUCGCCAGUGGGGUUGGCACCGUCGUAGAAAGCGACGCUAACCCUGAUACUGCUCAAAUUUUCAUGACACCAGGAACUGUAGUGGAUUCGAAAACUGGCAAAGCUGUCACUGAUUACAUAAACUCUACAAGAUCACCAUCAGCAGUUAUUUAUAGGACCCAAGAAGUUAAUGUUCCAGCACCGUUUGUGGCUUCAUUUUCAUCUCGUGGGCCUAAUCCUGCAUCCAUCCACAUUCUCAAGCCGGACAUUGUUGCACCGGGCAUUGAUAUCUUAGCUUCUUAUACCCUUCUCAAGUCUCUUACUGGAUUUGAGGGUGAUAAUCAGUACUCAAAAUUUACGAUUAUGUCUGGCACCUCCAUGGCAUGUCCUCAUGUUGCUGGUGUUGCUGCUUAUAUCAAGUCAUUCCAUCCUAAAUGGUCACCGGCUGCCAUCAAAUCUGCCAUUAUUACCACUGCCAAGCAGCUAAGUCCACGUGUCAACAAUGAUGCGGAGUUCGCAUAUGGUUCGGGUCAGGUGAACCCGGCUCGAGCUAUCCAUCCUGGUUUAGUAUAUGACAUGGAUCAGUUAUCUUACAUUCAGUUCCUAUGUCGUGAGGGUUACAAAGGCUCCUCCUUGGGCUUCUUAGUUGGUUCAAAGCACGUAAACUGUUCUUCUUUGCCUCCUUCAAAGGGAAGCGAUGGUCUCAACUAUCCAACCAUGCAGCUCCCCACGUCCAUGAAUAGAUCCUACACAACUGGAGUUUUCAGAAGGAGAGUCACCAAUGUGGGUCCCGCCGAGUCAGUGUACAAUGCAACCAUUAGAGCACCUAAAGGUGUUGUGAUCACAGUGAGGCCUGAAACUCUCUCUUUCACUCAUAAAAUAAAGCAAAGGAGCUUUAUUGUGAUGGUGAAAGCUAAGCGUAUACCUAAUAUGCAAAUGAGAUCAGGUGAGCUCGUGUGGAGAUGCUCUCAUUAUGCUGUAAGAAGCUCCAUUGUUAUAUAUGGUCCAUAAAGCUGCAGUUAAAUAUUCAUAACUGCAAGUGUAUUUUAUUAUCGUGAAUUUAUAUUAUUGGAUGGAAAUUUUCAAUUGGGUCAA